UAUUACAGUGUGAAGAAGACGCGAAGAACUCCGAAAAUCCCCGUCAGUGUAUUUAUGUGUAAGUAUACGCGUUCUUCGUUAAUUAUUUGCAUACAAUUACUAUAGUCUAUGAUCUGUGAUAUUACCACUGUUCUAAUGAUAUUACCCGAGUGUACGACGCCGUUUAACUCAUCAACGCCGUAUCGCACGCACGGAAACCGCCUGUUGCACGUAGUUAACGGGUUACCGCAAGUUUUGUAGUCGACAGUCGUAUGUGACUGUUGACUUGACUUGACAGUAAUCGUCACUGUCGUAUACCUCUACCAUAUACGCCACACCUCCGAAUCCGCCAUCGACGAGACGACGACACGCCAAUAAUUGAAGAAUAGCUGCUUCUAUACAGAAUACCGCCGCGUACCACCCAGACACGAGGUAUUAUGUCCUUCAUUGAGAUGGAUGCUGUACAUAAGCAAGAUUCUACAUUCAAAACAAGUGAUCAAAAAAAAUGUAUAAAUGGCUCUCUCAUGAUUGGAGUAUUUGAAAUCCUACAAUCUUUACGCAAAGAUACAGUGUUAUGUGAUAUCCAGUUGAAAACAGAUGAUGAUACUAUAGUAUUUGCACAUAAAGUUGUUUUAGUAUCAGCUAGUUCAUAUUUCCAUAAAAUAUUCACUAAUCUUGAUGAAUGCAAUAAAAAUCUUGUUAAUAUAACAGAGUUAGAUUCCACUGUUUUACAACUUUUGAUAAAUUAUAUUUAUACUGGCGAAAUCUUGGUCACCAAAAAAAAUGUAAAGGGUCUGUUAGCAGCUGCAAAUCACCUACAGUUAGGUUAUGUAAAAAAUGUAUGUGCUGAGUUUUUACAAUCACAAAUGGAUCCUUCAAAUUGUCUCAGCAUCAAAGCAUUUGCUAACUUACAUGACUGUAUGGAAUUGUUAUCAAGUUCUGAAGAAUAUAUUAAAAAACAGUUUUUAGAAGUGGUUAAAUAUGAUGAGUUUUUAUCUCUAUCUUCUGUUGAAGUGAUUAAGCUCAUUUCCUGUAGUGAAAUUGUUGUCCCAAUAGAAGAAAAAGUAUAUGAAUGUGUUAUAAAUUGGGUAAAACAUGAAUUGGGUUUUAGAAAAGAUUUUUUACCUGAAUUAAUGGAACAUGUACGUUUGUCAUUAACAUCAAAACAGUAUAUAUUAGAAAAAAUUGUGAAUGAAACUCUUCUUAAAAAUAAUCCUAAAUGUAAUAAUUAUGUUAAGGAAGCAUUGCAUUUUCAUCUUCUUAAGUCAGUAAAUCCUUUUACCAAUCCACAAACAAUUUGGAGUAAACCUAGACAGUCUGGGGAUUUACGAAAAGUUAUUCUUGUGUUAGGUAGGUCAGAAUCUACAAAUAACUUUUCUAUAAAUUGGUAUGACCCUACAACCAAUAUAUGGCAGAGAGCACUAGAUAUGAGAAAGGGCUGGCUGCCAGUUCAUCUUGCAUUGAUAGCAAAUCAAUUUGUCUUUGGUGUAGGAAGUUCUAAUACAAAAAAUUCUGAAUGUGUUAAAAUGCUUGAUUUACAUUCACAAACAUCCUCAUGGUUACCAAUGGAUGACAUGUCAAUUGGUCGAAUGGGUUUAGGCGUUGGAGUAUUAAAUAAUUGUGUAUAUGCUGUUGGCGGAUAUGAUGAUACUAAUUAUAGUCUCAACAGUGUUGAGGUUUUUGAUGUCAGUAUUCAAGAAUGGCGAACUCUUUCAAGUAUGUCCAGUAUGAGAUCUUAUGUUGGUUUUGGAAUUCUAAAUAAUCUUUUAUAUGCUGUAGGAGGGUAUGAUAGUUCAUCAAUGCAACGUUUGAAAUCUGUUGAAUGUUAUGAUCCGAGUAUUGACACAUGGAAACUAGUUGCAGAACUAUCCAUAUGCCGCAGUCGUGUUGGUGUAGGAGUCUUAGAAGGUGUUAUGUAUGCUAUUGGAGGUUGGAAUGGGUCAGUCACUCAUAAAAGUGUAGAAGUCUAUACAGAAAGUUCCAAAGUAUGGACUAUUAUUACUGAUAUGCAUUUCUGCAGAAAAAGUCCUACAGUAGUUGCAUUACAUGGAUUAUUGUAUGUUAUGGGUGGAACAGAUGAAGAUUCUACUAAUUUGGAUUCAUUAGAAAUUUAUAAUCCAAAGACCAAUACAUGGAAGUUAGUAGAAUCGAGUUUGAAUGAUGUUGGUCUAAUUGAAAUUAUAGCUGGAGUAGUCAUUGAUGGACCACCACAUUUUAAAACUCAUUAGUAUAAGCCUUAAAUAGUCUCAUGGUUGAUAAUUUUUAAUACAAUCAUGUGUAUAUGAUUUUUUUAUUAUAUAAAUUUAAAAUUUCGUGAAUUUUUGAAUGAACAGUUUUUGUAUAACUUAAAUUGACUAUUUUAGAAUCAAAAAAUAAGAAAUUAAAUUAAUUAAAUUAUAUUCCAUCAACUAAAUAUCAUUUUUACAUUGUAUCUCUAGCAACUUACUUAGUAAUACCACAGAAUAGAUUAUUGGCUCUCAACCACUGGCUCUCAACCACAGAUUUACAUUUAAUUUAUUAUGUGGUAAUAGUGUAAUACUAUGUUUGAUUUCUAAAUAAUCUUCUAACUAAAUCAACAAUAUAAUUUUAUUUUAAUUAAAGUUCUAGUACAUUGUGCAAAUUAA